GGGGCGCCUCGCUGGCUGCGACGAUGCUGGAGGAGGGCGAGGGCCUGGGGAUCGGCCGCGUCGACCGGUGGUCGCUGCACAAGUGGUGCUUGCUUCUGUCCGUGAGCACGCUGCUCGUGUACGGCCUGGCCGGGCUGGUCUGCGCCGUCCUGACUUGGUUCCGAACGUACGAGCAGGCGGGCGUCAUGGUCGUCGCGGACAACGACAUCCUGGUGCUCAUCACGCUCGCCUCGUCCAUCCUGCUCCUGUGCUUCCUCGUCGGCAUCAGCGGCGCGAUCCUCAACUCACGGCCCAUCCUCGCGGUGUACGCGGUCCUCCUCUGGCCUGCCUUCCUCUCCAUCGUCAUCAUCGGUUACACCGCCUACAAGCGGGACGCCUUCGCGCUCGACCGCAAGCUCAACCUCGCGUGGAGCCAGUGGUACACCCCGCUCGGGCGGCUCAUCCUCCAGGACUCGCUGCGCUGUUGUGGGUACUACGAUGCGCUCCACGAGGCGACGGCGAGCAGCCAGUGUUAUCCACGGACCCCGCUCCCGGGAUGCAAGGCCAAGCUCUACCGGUACGAGCGCGAGAACCUCGCGACGAUAUGGUCGGCGGCGUUCGCGCUCGUCCCGGUGCACAUCAUCAACAUCUUCGUUUCGCUGCUGUGUUCGAAUCAUAUUACGAGGACGUUUGGAAAGGGCAUCAUGCCGAAGCGGUAUUGGCUGAGCAACGCGGACCUUUGUGCAGAUGCUGAGCGACUGAAUGGCGCAUUUGCGGAGACAAGGCCUGUAGCCAGGCCCGGCCCCGCGAGACCGGUUUUGAGCACCGUGUUCCGGGAAGACAGAGAGGAGAAUGAGCCGCUGCUCGUGGAAGAGUGGGACUGCCUUACGACAACCCGAGAAGGAUCAGUAGGGCUUGGGUUGGACCGGGAGCUCAGGCAUCGGUAGCCCGCCGUCGUCUCGCACAGGACUUCGAGAG